GUGAUGUCAUCUGAGUGGAUCUGGGAUGGGUCUGUCCACUCCACUUCACUCCACACCGGACGGACACGGCGUUACACGGACAACUUCCACUCAGUCUCUGUGUUUUAUUCCACGUCCCGGUGUCAUGUGGGUUCAGUGGGCUUGGAUCGGAGUUGUGAUGUGUAAACAACAAACCCAACUUUAGUGGCUGAACCAUGGAAAGUAAGAGGAGGCGAAAACUCCCGUGUCCGUGGUCGAAUCGCUCGGUAACCCGGCAGAUAACGGAAGAAUGGACGGACUGAAAACUGGCCCACGCCGGGACUGAACCUCCACCCCGGGGCUCCAUGUCCCCCUCCUCCCCGUUCCAGAUGCCUCCGCAGGGGGACGGGGGCUACUCGGUGUCUUCUGCUCCGCCGGUUCCUCCGAGGAGGGUCCGGGGCUCCGGCAGGACGCGGAGGUCCGGGGGAGGGUCAGCGGGAGCCGGAGCGACGGAGAGGCGGGUGAAGUGUGUGCUGGUGGGGGACGGAGCCGUGGGGAAGACCAGCCUGGUGGUCAGCUACACCACCAACGGAUACCCCACCGAGUAUGUCCCCACGGCGUUUGACAACUUUUCAGCGGUGGUAUCAGUGGAUGGGCAGCCAGUCAAACUACAACUCUGUGACACAGCUGGACAGGAUGAGUUUGACAAGCUGCGACCUCUGUGCUACACCAGUGCCGAUGUGUUCCUGCUCUGCUUCAGUGUUGUCAGCCCAGCAUCUUUCCAGAAUGUUCCAGAGAAAUGGGUUCCAGAGAUCCGGCGACAUACCCCCUUUGCUCCACUUGUCCUGGUUGGGACCCAGUGUGACCUCAGAGAAGAUGUCAAGGUUCUCAUUGACCUGGCUAAGUACCGGGAGCGACCCGUGGACCCGGUGGACGCCAAGGACUGUGCAAUGGAGAUUGGUGCUGUUGCUUACAUUGAGUGCUCUUCCCUCACCCAAAAAAAUCUGAAGGAAGUGUUUGACACGGCCAUACUGGCCAGCCUGCAGAACCACAGCUCCCAUAAGCAUCCAAGAGGGAAACAAAAGCGACGAAAGAAGCAGAGGCAGACACCAGACAAAAUGAGGAGUCUGUCGAAGUCAUGGUGGAAAAGGUACUGCUGUGUGGCUUAGAGUCGAUCCUGGGUUUGUGAUUCAUUCUGGGUUUUUCUCUAAAGGAAUCUGAGGCUGAGCUGGACCAGAACCAAAAUGAGACUGAGAUCAUGGAUCUAAAACAUUUAUAAGUUUGAAGAUGGGUUUUGUCUCGUCAUGGAUAAGAUUUACUACUGAGCCCUUUGUCCUAGAGUAAACUGAGAAGCAUUCUGGGAGGAUUUGGUCCUCUUCUUCUUCCUACUACAGGAGGUACUUGUACUUCUAUGUCAGAGAGAAUUAAACUGGUCUGAACCAGGUACUGGACCAGCAGAAGAACCUCCCCAUCACAGUGGAUGUGAAGUUGUUUGUCCUACGAGAUUAGACUGAUGCAGAUAUUAGCUGGACAUUUAAUCUUCUUGUCUGUUGUAACAGUCUGGACUAAACUGGAAUUUGUGUUUAGUCUGGUCUUUUGAUGAAAGCCUCUUGGUGAUUUACUGUAUGUAACCCUGUUCUGAAUCUGUUGCCAUCCGCAGACUUCACUCAUUACUGUUUAUGACCCAACUGAGACUUCAGUCUGACUUCAGAAAGCUGCCAGAAACAGAGUGACUCUCAGAUCUAACCUCAUUGUUAUUAUGAGCGGUGCAGCUCAUGUUGAAUUUUCCUAUUUCAUUAGUGAAAAUGAUUAAAAUCACAUACAGCACAGACAGGUUUAAUUUUAGAGCAUUUUUCUCUGCCUGAGGUCCUGGUUGUUCUUAAUGAUGAUUUUAUAACAUCACAUGCAAAGUUUACUCUGGUGCAGUCUUUAAACCUCAGUUUUAGUAAAAAAAGCAAAACAAAAAACAGUAAAUUUGUUGUUUUUAUCUUGAUCUGAAGCGUUUAGGGAAUUACCACCGAGCUGCUUCUCCAAGAUGACAACAAAACAGAUGAUAACAAAAAUGAUGCUGAACAUGUUAAGACUGCUCGUAAGUCUAUAUAUUUAAAACACCAGCAUUGUUCUGUAACAACAAGCGAUCUUUUUUGAGCAGAAACAUGAUUUUAUAGGAGUCACUGACCUACUUUAGAUUUCCAAUGGUAGCUGUGGUCAUUCAUGACUCUCAUUUGUCCUGAUUAAUACUGAAGGACUCCACAGUUUGUGGAAAAGAACUUGUAUUAAUAUUGUUCUGUUAAGUGUCUUUGUACUGUGGUUACACUGACUAUAACUCUUACAGGAGAACAUUUUGUUAUUUUAAUAUUUUCUUUUUACAUUUCAUUACAAUUAUAUCAUAUGCUGGUCCUCAUAAAUGGAAUUAAAUAGUAGCACACGCCUGCCAGGAUCUUGUGUUGGCAGUUGCAUGACAGGCAGAAGUAUUUAUGGAUUUCAGAUAUUUCCACUUGCUGAUGUGUGUUUUCUUUAAGUCUCCAGGCGAUUAAACAGCUUUUAGCAUGAAUGCUUAACAGAAUUAGAUGAGCUACAUGCUCUUGGAAGUCGUUAAAUUACAGUAAAACAACCUGAAUUUGUUUGUGUAGAUUUGCAGCAAGAAAAUGAUUCAGAGCAAAAAAGAUGAGUUUUGUUUUUCAAGCUUACAUUUGUGUUUCUAAAACUGUGAAGUUUUACCUAUUUAGUGAAAACUUAGUUAUGAACCAUAGCUUGAUUCAUCCUGUCCGUUCACCAGUGUUUGUUUUACUUUACAUGUCUAUGAACUUUAUUAUAUUGGUAUAAUGGUUCAUCUUUGAUUUUCUACAAUUCUGUUUCUUCCAUCAGUGGAUAUAUCUGCUGUUUUCCUGUCAGCCCAGGAGUAAAGAGAUUGAGCUAUAAUGUUGUAAAGCAGAUAUAAAAAUUCUGACUGUUAUACAAAAUGUGUUACAGCUCAACUACCACGCCUUCUUUUGUACAUUGAAGUUACUAAACCAGAAACAAAACUCAGUGAUAUAGUUUUUCUCUACAUCUGAGUGACUCUGUGCAGUGAUCGAUAAAAAGUUGCAACCAGGUUACAUAUUGUAAUGAAUUAAAAGCAGCUCAGACUUGUGAAUUCACUUCUGAUGGUGGAAAUAUCUUUGUGUUUGUCAGUGUAAAAUAGCUGUCAGUCCAGUGGUAAAGCUUAGGGUGAAACCGUGCUGAUUUUACACAGCUACAGAUGAUUUCCUGUAGAAGGUAAAUAAUGCAUUUCAUUGUUUUACUGGUGUGAAAUGUCUUGAGCUGAGGUGUGCUCCUAAAUCCAGUUUUUGCCAAGAAAUUUUCAUCAUGUAGAAAAAAAAUCUAAAUUGAAUCACUGUUUGAGGUUCAUGAUGAUGCAGUGCAGGUCAAUGCAAACGUACAUAACUGUGUCAAAACUUAAAUCAUGUAUCAUAAAUAUCAUAAUUUCAUGAUUAUGCUGACUUCUGUGGAACAUUUUUUAUGCUGUUAAUAAAUAACUCUCUUUUACUCUUUAUUUUUAUGACUAAUCAACUUUGGUAUCUACUAAAAGUGUCCCAAACUAACAUUAUUUAGAGUGAUAUUUUCUGAUCCAAAUCUGAAGUCUGCACUCUACCUGACCUCAACCUGGUGGAACAUGUUGCGUUUAGGCCUGAGUGUAAAGCUGUGGUUCCUGGUUCGAGGGCUGGGCGUGUGUGGAGCUGGCUUUUUGUGUGCUGGUUUUCUUCUAAAGAUGUUACAACAGUGAGUGAAUGGGCUCACUAUGUCCAUGCUUUUACUCUUGAUAGCAAAUGCAUUGUUUCUCACUUGGAAACAGACAUAAUCAGUUGCUUGUCUCGCAGUCAGUGUGCAGUACGGCUGAUGGUGGAUUUAAGUGGGCUAAAGGUCACGGAGGCGCUCAUGAAAGCUGACAUUUCCUCUGUAAAUCCUUCCUAGUGACAUUUUCAACAUAUAGACAUCAUUGUGAGUUUCCUAUCACAAUGAGAUUUGCACUUUUUUUACUCUUUACACAUCAUUUUGAGUGUUUUAAGAAUAACUUAUAGGUGUGGUCAGAAGUGUGUACUGACCCACUUUAUUGUCACUGCAGCAGCAACAUUAUGUGUCUAUAAAAACAGGCCACAUUGAGUUUCAGUUCAGUGUUUUAACGUCUUUUUAGAGGUCACAGUGGAUUAUUGGCACAUUAUGUCCUAUAUGACAGAUGUAUGGCUUUGUAAUGUGGAACAGAUGGGUCUUUGAAAGUGAACUGCUUUGUCAGAGUAGAGAUAUGACGGUUGUGGUGCACGUUAUGAACAGAGGUGAAUGUUAAAGCUGAUGUUUUACUGAAGGGAGAAACGUGAAUAUAAAUGUUUUGUAGACAGCUGCAAAAGAUAUGUCUAUAAAAACCUAUAGUGUGAUUAAUUUGGUGUUGGGAUAGGUUUCGAUACCAAAAGUCGAUUGAGUUAAUAAAUCUUGUACUUGGCACCAGAUUACUGUUUUAAGUUUGAUUUUCAGCUGGUUUAUCAGAUAUAUAGACAAAAUCCAUCCAGAAACUGAUCAGUGAUGAUUAAAUUAAGACGUCGCUGUAUGCCAAUGAGUAAAUCAGUCGACUCCUUUUCCUUUAACUUCCACAUGUUGUUAAUUGCAUCAGAACAUCCCAUGAGCCACAGUGAGUUUAGACAUGGAGCAGACGGCCUGGGGAAGCUGAUAGAAUAGGACAUUUUUGAGAUUUAAUUAUUUUAUUGAGUCUGAUACCCCCCUGAAGCACACCUGAGCCCACUCACAUGGAGCACCAGCUGAGGACUGUUUAGAAAACCAACCAGCUUAGUUUGUGUGAAACAGCACAGUGUUUUCAUUUUUACUGCAUGAAUAAACAUUGUAACAGAGAGGACGUUGCUAUAAUCUGCGCACACUGAACCCUCUGUUUUAACUGAGGAUGUCAGUACAACUGAGAAGUGUUUGUACAGAAGUUUUAUACCCUGAGAAAUAAAGAAUAUUUGGUAUAAGA